AUGGAUCCGUCCAUUCUCUCUAGUCUCGAAGGCUACCACUCCAAGACUGUCGUCUACAAAUCCACAUCAGCCGGUGACAUAAAAUUGGACAUUCUGUACCCCGCAGGCGUGUCGGAAUUGCCGCGAACCGUUCUGCUUCAUUAUCACGGUGGCUUUUUGGUUGUUGGCGACCGCUAUGCCUUUAUCCCUCACUGGCUCGUCAAGGCGGCUACCUCGCGCGGCUGGAUCUUUGUCACUCCAGACUACCGCUUGAUACCCGAGUCGACAGCGCAGGCCUCAGUAGAAGAUGCCUGCGACGCCUAUGCAUGGGUCUUGUCAAAUCUUGCCCGAGAGCUAGACUGCAAAAUCGCAUCCGUCCUCAUGGCAGGCUCCAGCGCUGGAGGGUAUCUAGCUCUGACUACAGCUGUGGAAGCAGAGAGAAAGCCCUCCGGCUUGCUCCUGAUCUACGGGAUGCUCAAUCCGACAAUCUCUCGGUACACGACUCCAGGAACCAACGUGUUCGGCAGACCGCCCCCGGCUGACACGGCGUCCAUUCUUGCAAGGUAUCCAAUGCAUGAGGACGGAGACACCCGCAAGGCAAUAUCCGCCAACCCAGUAGCAGCAAAUCCAGCGGAUGAACCACGAUUCGAUCUUGUUUCUGCACUGCAUGUGGACGCGGUCUUCCUCGACUACAUGACGGGCAUCAAAGGCCUCGGCCGCCUGGUCGCCGAACAAGGUCCCAGCGCCAUUUCAGAGGCGCACCGCGACCUGUUCCCGCUUGCCUUUGCCGGCACCCAUAAAUUAUCUAAGCUUCCACAGACCUUUCUUCUCCACGGCCACAAUGACUCUGCUGUGCCGGUAGAGCAUAGUCUUGAGGCGGCAGAGAGACUGCGUAAUGCUGGCGUCCAUGUGGAUCUAGAGGCACCCGACGAUGCUGAGCAUGGCUUUGAUGGCAAAUCUGGGACAACUGACGUGGAAUCAACCGAGGGCGAGAAGGUCCACGGAUACCAAUCUUUACGCAAGGCUAUCGCCUUUCUACAACGCGCCUCCUGA